AUGUCCGUCCAAGGAGUCAAGUUAGACACAAGCAUAACUCGAGCUAUCUCCUUAGCUGAAGAAAUUGCAAACAAUGAUGAUCUUUUGACCGAGUUGCUUAUUCGCCUCCCCAUCAAAUCCUCCGUCAAAUUCAAAUCUGUAUCCAAACACUGGCUGUCCCUUAUCUCCAACCCCCACUUCUCUGUCCGCCUUAGCCUUGCCCCCAGACUCACCGCUGGCCUCUUUUUGCGUAAUGUUGAUAGCACAGAAUACGACUUCAUCAAUCUGGUUUCCAGUUCUCCACGCGCUCCCUUCAAAUUGCUUACUCUUGGUGAUGAGUCGUCACAGAUCAUGGUUCUGCAAUCUUGUAAUGGUCUCUUAUUGUGUUGCAGUUUGAAAGCACAGGAGUUUGCCCGCUUCUUAGAUUUCAACUUUUUUGAGAACUAUUAUGUUUUCAAUCCCACUACCAAGAAAUACAAAAUGCUUCCUCCACUACCUGCCAGAACUGGAGUCUUUAGAGCUGUUCCUGGUAUUUUCUUGGCUUUUGAUCCUUCCAAAUCACCUCAUUACAAAGUCAUCUGUGUAAGGAGUAUUUAUGAUUCUUUAGAAGAUACCCGUUUUGAGAUGCUGAUUUACUCAUCCAAAACUGGGGGUUGGCAAGUUUCUGGAAAUACUUUCCUUGGUCCAUUCAGUUUAACUUUAUUGGGUGGUGUUUACUGGAAUGGUGCCAUUCACUGGAUUAAUUUUUGGCAGAAAUCUUUAUAUUUGGACGUAGAAGAAGAGGAAGUGCGAGAAAUGCCAAUGCCUCCUAUACCUGAUGGAUAUGAGGACAGAAUUUUUUGCUACUUUGGAGAGUCUGGUGGCCAUUUACAUCUUGUUGAGAUUUAUAAUAACCUCAGCGUUCUAUUUAAUGUGUUUGAAAUGGAGAAAGACUACUCCAAGUGGUUUGUGAAGUAUCAAGUUGAUCUCCGUGGAAUUGCUACAGCAUAUCCUGAAAUGCUUUUCCGUAAUUAUGUGAAUCCAGAUUCCUUCAGGUAUUCAAUCCUGUGUCUGGUAAGGGAAGAGUAUGAUGAUAACUCAUAUGUAGUGUUACACUUGUCCAAGAAAGCAAUUCGAUACAAUCUCAAGGAGAAGACUUUUGAAACGCUUCACCAGUUUGCUCCAAGUGGUUCUAAAAUUCGUGAUAAAUUUGCGAUACAAUAUAUAUGGUCUGAUGCUUUUCAACACAUUGAGAGUCUAGCUUGUGUUUGGUGA